AUGACAGUCGCACAAUACGAGGCGAAAUUUGAUGAACUAUCGCGAUACAUACCGAAGGCCCUAGAGGAUGAGGAGUACAAACUGGAGAAGUUUAAGGAAGGACUGAAGCCCGGGAUACAAUCCCGUCUAUGUACCUGGGAUUUCAGGGACUUCCCGGAAUUGGUGGAUAAAGCAAUGCGGGUGGAAAAAGACUUUGAACGCAACGUCCACUUCCGCCCACCUACUCGAGAUGCCCCGUUUCGACUGAGACAGCCCCCUCCUGCCUCGCCUCUCCCUGCAGGGAGACCCAGGCCACUGCCCACACGAGCACCGCCCUUGCCCCCUGGAGGAGGCUGCGGUUACUGUGGGAAGAACAAUCACAGCACCUCGAAUUGUUUUCGGAGAAUGAGGGAUCAAGGCAUUCCGCCUCGGGGGAAUUAA